UUUAAAUUUUAUUUUUACAUCAUUUUCAUCAGACAUCAGGACACGACAUUAUACGAUCAGAUAAAUAGUAUGUGAAAGUGAUUUAAAAGAAAACAGGACGUAUAAUUAUCGCAAACGUAAUCAGAGACCGUUUUGUUGAUAGCUACCAUGCGAACUGCCUUUCUGUAUCAUGAUUUUUUUUGCGUUUUUAAACUUCCUGAUUCAUCGAAACAUUUGAAAGUUAAAACAUACAGAUGUGUGGUUAAUAAAAAUAUUGUUCAACAGUCAUGGUUUUAGUAAACUUCAUAGUGAACUUUGUGAUAAUAUUAGUGCAUAGGAUAACUUCAGUUGCUGAAGCUCAGGUGGUCAUGUUGUCUCCGACCUCUCCCACCGUAACAGAGUACAGUCCUCUAACACUGACAUGUGGGACAGCGUUCACUGGCGCCGAGAAUGUAACAUGGAUUGGCAUUUCCGGCGUGACAUUGUCCCCAAGCACCGACCCUAUCAACGCGAUAGAGAAUAACAACACGACAUUGCAGUGCAAUACAUCGGGCGGGUUACCGGCUGCCUCGGUUCGAUGGUACAUCGUAAGGUCGGGACAGGUGCAAGACGUCACGUCACUCUCCAUGAACACGUACCAAGAGGAGGACAAUCUCAAUGUGACGCGAAGCACACUUACAUUCACGCCGUUCAAAUCUGACCAGAAUGGCUCAGUAUACUGCUCAGCAAGCAAUGUUGGAGUGGAGUGGAAUUCAUCAAAUCCGUCUAUAAAUGUAUUAUUUCCCCCUGCUGUGCCAACCAUAGAGAUUGGCGGUAACGAGGUCACAGGAACGGUCAAGGUCAUUGAGGAAAACAGCAAGGCAUUCAACUGCACCACAGAGAGUAAUCCGACCAGUAACUACAGCUGGUCGUUCCCGGGAGGAUCUAGUUCUAAUAAAAUCUUACAAGUAGAGAACUUCUUGACAGGGUCCUUUGACGGCAAUUACACGUGCUUUGUUCUGAACCAAAUGGAACCAUCUUCUGGAAACUCAAUGACAAAUAUGUCCUGGGCAACAAUAUCAGUCGAUGUUUUGUAUCCACCUCGUCUACCAUCAUUCAAAUACGGAAAUACCACAGGCCCAAUCAUUACUGAUAACACUAUAGCAAUUGUCCUUGGAGACGGAGCGUCAGUGACAUGUGAGGCCGACGCCAACCCGACCCCCAAUACUUACACUUGGACAGAGCCACAGACAAACAGCCAGCUACUAUCCCUCAACAGCUUCAAAGUUAACACCACAGUUCAGUGCACGGCGAACAACAUUAUGACGGAAACAAACAGGAGUCCUAUUAAAGGAAGCAAUAGUUCCUUUUUGCAAAUAAAUGUUUGGCGCCCUCCGAUUGGUGUAACAUUUCAAUACCAUUAUAGUGUUACUGGAUCAAUGAAAAUAGCAGUCAAACUGAAGAUACUAGCCGGCCAGGCCUUCUGGUUGUCUUGCACGGCGGAUAGUUCUCCUCCAUCUACGUACACAUGGUCAGUCCACCCUUCCCCAAGAGAGGGAAUCUGGAAUGUAACAGGAGGUCUAAAUGCAAGUCAGUCCGUGUCUUGUUUUGCUGAAAACUACAUGCCGACGACGUACAACGGCCCGGUGCGCGGGAACACGUCAUCUGAUCUUUACAUCAACGUAUUGUAUGGCCCGAAAGCGAGGUAUUUGCAGAACGUUACUAAAGUCCGCGGGGAAAAACUUGUUUACCAGUGCUUGUACACACCGGGAAACCCUUCAAAUGUUGACUUUGAGUGGACGAAAUCCGGAACAGAUGCAUCCUGGGUCACACAGUAUACACAGUACUUGAUCAUUCCGUCCGUGAAGCCAACUGACGAGGCCAGGUACACGUGCAACGUGUCCAGCAUUCUCCUGCCAACGUUGGAAUCAGCGAAGAACACGCAGUAUGAUACUGCAACAUUUUAUCUGGAUGUUCUUUAUGGGCCGGAAAAUUUGGUGUUAAAACUCAAUAACGUUUCCCAUAUAGUCGUAGAAAUUGACGAACAUUCAUUAAACCACAUGCAAUGUUUGCUAGAUAGUGAUCCCAGCUCGAAUAUGAACCUUACAAAAGACGGUAAAGCAAUAAUUGCAAAAUCUGGAGUACAUCAACUCGUACAUGGACUACGGGCUGAAUGUUCAGACGCUGGAGUGUAUACAUGUUCAGGAUACAACCAGUAUGGAGAGGCGAAAAACGCGUCGGUGCGCUUAUUUGUAAAAUGUUCGGCAAGGCGACCACCUGGAGCGGAUGUUCAGCUUAAUUUUACCGCACGCCAGCAUGUGAAUGCAACUCUAGCCUACACAAUAGUCGCCUUCCCUGUGCCACAGUUUGUCUGGAAGCGGUGUACGACUCGCAUGUCUUGUGAACCUUUGCCGGAUGAUAUGAACAAAUUUAUAAUUGACACAGAAGGUCUAUCAAGUUACUUAACGGUGCUGGACGUUCAGAUCGAGGACUACAGAAUGUACCAAUUGUCUGUGUCGAACGGAGUUGGUGAUCCACUAGUCGAAUGGUUACACCUUAAUCCAACUGGAAAACCUGAUUUGCCAACGGACUUCCGCGCCAUUGAAGACACUAUAGGGGAGAGAACUGCUACUUUGACUUGGGUACCAGGAUUUGACAAUGGAUCUCCUCAGAAAUUUCAUAUUUCCUACAGAAAACUGGUUGAUGUAUAUGCUUAUUUUACACGAAUCGUAAAACAUGACAACACACAAGUGAUGUUUUACACAGUAGAGAAUUUAGUUCCUGGAACAGAGUACUAUGUUUCUAUCUAUGCGACGAACAAGGAGGGCACUACUGCAUCGAUGAACGAUACGUUUCAAACUCUUACAGCCGAACCUGGUACAAAUAGUGGCCUUGCUGUUGGAGGUGCGAUUGGCGGAACUGUCGGAGCGAUUGUGAUCAUUGUUGUCUUCGUUCUCAUUCUCAGACGGAAAUACUCACUUAACUGUGCUGCUGCUGCUGCUGAUAGAAAACCGGAAUCCGGUACAGACAACCUCACAUAUGCCGCUCCAGAGGCGUACGAGGACGUGUCUUUGCCAACGAAUGCAUCGACUUACGAUGCUCUUAAAACUGGAAACAAUGGGCCUGACGAAUCGCACAUUUACACGGCGUUGGAUAAGAAGAGUUCAAAGUCACAAAGGCACUACGAAAAUGUCAAGAAAAAAGAUCCAGUUUACAACAAUAUUGUCCGGGGGAAACUGAUGCAAACCCACUGUUAAGCAGAUAACUGCAACUUUAAACAUGACAACCAGCCGCCGUGUGAUGAUGGGAAGACUUUCAAUUUUAUAAUGUCAUUUAUUUGCCAGUGAAAACAUUAUACGUUUAUAACAAUUCAAAUUAUGUAAAUCUCAAUUCACUACAGCUUUUGAUCAACUCAUAUAUCGAUACAAAAAGGGACAAUAUGAUGGGAAUUUCUGCAUUCAUAUAAUCAGUAUAUCCAACCUUCAUAUAUUUAAAGUUGGGUAUAAUGAUUGUAUCCACAUUCAUAACAGGUGAUUUCAUGAAUUUAGGAGAAAUCCUGAGAAUACCUAGAUUGGGAUCUGGUAUAUCAAUACGAGAAAUAUCAAGGAUAGUUGUAUUGUUAAAAAUUAAAUUGUUUCUAUACAACCUACUAAUUUCUGCGUAUUCUAGUGCAUAAAUAUGGUGUACAGACAGUGUGACAUUGAAUUUCUACAGGAUGCAGGGUAAAACGAUUAUAAUAAUCCUUUUACGUCUAGCAAAGGCUGUUAUACCUUUUGAAACUCUUGAAGUCGGAGGUAUAUGUUGAAAAAGAAACCAAAUGGAAUGAAUAUUUUUGGUCUAUAUACACAAAAAGUUGAAAUCGCUAUGAUUAAACUACGUAAUAUGUUUCCAAAUAGUACAAGUGUUCGUCAAAACAAUUUUCACAAAGUGUGAGGAAAUUAUAUAAAUAUCAUAUGAUUUUUUUUUAUUCCUAACAAAAUUAAGUACAUACAAAAGUUUUAAACUGUUUUUAAUUCAUUUAUUCAAACAUUUUUACUUGCUGACAGUUCCUGUCAUCUGAUGUUUGUGUACACAUUGAAUAGUGACGUCACUGCUGUAUGUGUAUAAGGGAGGCAAUAACGUCAUGAUUUAGCCAAAAUAUUGAAGCAGUUAUUUGGCCUUAUAUGACAUUCAAAAUAUCACUGCGGUCACGUGUCAAAAAAGGUUGAAAAUGUUUCUUUUCUUUUUCGGGUAAUGGGAAUGCACAUUUUGUAUAUAAUGAUACGCAGUAUAUAUUUUAGUUUAGUUUAUAUUAGUAUAUGUAUCAUUAAGAUAAUUACAUACAAUAGCUAAAUGUGCGAAAAGUAAGCACCGUAUCACAAUAUCACCGCAGUGCUAGCACCGUAUCAACAUCAAACAGUACAAUAAGAGUAUUGUUCUCGAGGUAUCAUGUAAGAUUUGUUCUCGCAGAAACAAGCAAGGGGACCAUAGGGACUUAAGUCACUGUGUAGCCGAGACCUGGCCCUAGGUGAUGGCACAUAUGAAUACCCUAGGAUUUUAGGCUAUACGGGAUAGCAAUGCCAAUUUGCCUUAUUUUCUGACACUAUUAUGGUGCGUAUGCCUUAAAAACGAGCAAGGGGUGGUAUUGCGAUGCGGUACUACGGUGCUAGCUUCGCGCACAACAAUCGCUUAUUGAAAAUUAUAAUAAAGUCAAUAAAGAAAUAAGUACUGACGGAGGAGGGCAUUAUGUCACAUUUCUCUUUCUAAAAUGAUCAACAACAUACUUCGGGAAUUAACAUAAUUUUAUGAAUUUAAUAUUGUUAUAAACAGGUUUUAUAUGCUUUUGAAAUCAAUUGGAUAUCGAUGUAAAAGUAUUUUAAUAUCGAAAUAAAUACAUUCAAGUACAUGAAACCACUGCCAUUUAAGUUCACAUUUUCUUUCAUUUAGCUUUAUUUUAUAGACUGGGACUUUAAAACUAUAGGAUCUUUUAUUUCUAUGCUAAAGCAGUUAAAACAUAAAAGUAUUUAAGUUAUAAUAUGACUUUGGAGAUAUGUCUCAAAUGUCCAGUUGAACUCAACACAAUACAAUUUGUUUAUUCAGGUCAUUGUAUUUCUGGUAAUAGUUUAGCAUACAAUCAAUAUAAUUUUAUUUUAUAUACCAUAAAUGCUUAUUUUUGAUUAAAAAUACCAUAAUUCUUGAUAUAAAUACUUUGUAUUUAUAUUUUCAUAUAUGCUCAUGUUUUUAUUAUCAUUCAAAGCUUAAGUCACUCUUAACUCAUAACUGAAAACAUUAAACAUUAUGUUUAUAAAUGUUAGUAUUAAAACACCUGAAAUUUUUAUCCCCAAACGGGUGGAAUAUAGUUCGUCUGUCCGUCCAUGCAUCCUUCACCCACGGUUUCCGACCAAUAUUUGAAGAUAUUUGCUGCACGAGUGGGUACUUAACUUUUUAUUUACCUGAAUAAUACUAUCUGCACUUUCAUACGGCUUAGUAACUCGAUUCAAGUGAAUAUAUUUAUCUCACCUGUUUAUAUAAGAUCCUUUGUAUCAUUACUAACUAAUACUUUAACCGGUCACUGUUACAUAAAUUUACGUCAUUUAAACUCAAACAUUAACUUCAAAAUUAUGAUUUAUUGAAGCAUUUUCAAAUUAACUUACAUAAUUGAAAUUUUAUCAUUGCGGCUUUUUAAACAAAAAUGAUUGUUAUACAACGAAACAAAUUGUUUAUUUUUUUCAAAACAAAUAAUAUAUUUACAAGAAUGGGUUUACUGUUAAUAUGAUUUAUUACAUAUUAUUUCACGAAGUUAUAUUAAUGUACUUUGUUUUUGUAGUCACUUUAAACUACUUUAAUUACUGUGUCUUCCUAAACUUAUAUAAUUAUUUAAUUAAUUGAUAACAAAAUUAUUUCAUUUGUUAAAUAUUUGCCAUGUUUAAAUAAGACUGGAAUCCAGUUUAAAAACGUGUGUUUCUCUAAAAUGUGAUCACAUAGUCUAAAAUGUCAAAAAUUAAUAUUCAGCCAUCAAAGCAAUAGUAUUUGCCUCUUGUUCAUAUACAUGCUUUAGAGCAUCACUCAAUCGCAAUACAAAGUUGUCUGUACAUGGAUUUUGUUUCUUAAAAUAUUGUCAUGUAAUACUAUGAAAUGUCAUUGAUAUGCUUAGACAUUCUUAUUUUUCCUUUUUACAUUAUAUACGUGACUACGCCUCCAACAUUCAAUUAGAUUUUUCGUCUGUUUAUUAGUACUUCAGCCUUUUGGCGUUCUGAUGUUUUGUCAAAUGACCUAAUACAUCUAGAUUUAUGAACAUAGACAACUUUCUUCAUAUGUGGUACAAUAUCAGAUAUGCUAUGUCCGCCAUACUUACUUUCACAUGAUUAUUAAUAAACAUGAUCAUUAUGUU